CACAAAGAGGCGUUGUAACGUCCAAUUGUAGCUGAAAUCUGAAGAGGGAAGCGGCAUUGUUGGCGGAGAGACUUGGGUUUACGUCCCGCUUUUGAGAUAAGGCUGUUGUCGAGUCUGAAUUUCGGGUUUAGUUGACCAUUAAUUACAAGAGAUACGUCUCUUUCCCCCCACCUGGUGUCCGGUUCAAGGGGUGGGAGACCGGAGAAUGAAUUUGGUAACGAGAGCUGAAUUUUCUGUUGAAAAAACCAAGAGAAAAAAAAGAAGAGAAUUAACUGAAGAACAGAAGCAAGAAAUCAAAGAUGCUUUUCAGCUGUUUGACACUGAUAAAGAUAAUGCUAUAGAUUAUCAUGAACUAAAGGUGGCAAUGAGAGCCUUAGGAUUCGAUGUGAAAAAGGCAGAUGUAUUAAAGAUACUUAAAGAUUAUGAUCGGGAAGGAAGUGGGAAAAUCUCCUUUGAUGACUUUAAUGAAGUUGUGACAGACUGGAUACUUGAAAGAGAUCCACAUGAGGAGAUACUCAAGGCAUUUAAAUUGUUUGAUGAUGAUGAUUCAGGUAAAAUAAGCUUAAGAAAUCUGCGUCGUGUAGCUAGAGAACUCGGGGAAAACAUGACUGAUGAAGAACUUCGGGCAAUGAUUGAAGAAUUUGAUAAGGAUGGUGAUGGAGAAAUCAAUCAGGAGGAGUUUAUUGCUAUUAUGACUGGGGAUGUUUAAUAUUUCAAGAAACGAACUUGAUUCAAAAAGGAAGGAUUGUUUUCAAAAGCUGCAACAUUUCUAUUUCAGUUAAUAUCUAUAGCAGGAGCCAUGAAAAAAAAUAGUUAAAGGACCAAAAGAAAUAUAAAGUAUAUGUAUUGAGAGGUUAAUAUUUUAUAUCAUUAAAUUUUAGAAUAAGCAUGUUUGUUUGAGUACUCAUUUGUAAAAUAGCUUUGUAUAAAAUGUUUAAAUUAAAUCAUAAAACUUUUUAACAUUAUUUUAGCAUUAGCUGUGGCCUUAGUUUUAUAUAAAAGUUUAACAGACACCCAUUUUA